AACAGAAAAAUACAUUUAUUUUCCGCUAAAAUGGAUUCCAAAGAGACCAUUGUUGGUAGAAAGACAAUGGGAGUGAGACAGACCAUGGACCCCGUAGCUCUGCGAUACUCUCGCUGGUCCUCCACAUUCACAAUCGAUGAAAACUUUACGAGUGGUUUUCCGUACAUGGCUCAGCGCCAUCCAAAGGACAAGCUACUCAUUGUGCCGGGGUUCCAGGACGUGCCUGAAGAAGUUUUUGAUCCAAAAUUUAUACCACCCUAUUGCGAUGACAGGGAAAUGUUCAUCGAUCCCGAUUAUGAAACAUUUCCUGUGCCACUGAACGUGCGCUGUCUGGAGCGCUAUGGCGAGGCCAAGCGACUUUAUAAUAGGCAACUCAAUCGAGAGCUCAAAAAACUUAUAGAGAAUCAACCAACGGCAGAUUGUGCCUGGCAGUUUGUGAGAACAUUGUCGUAUUCCUCACUCUGGCCACCACUGCACACCAGGGAGGAGCUGAAGCUGUUUGAACGGAGAUUCUGCAAGCUGUCGCCUGACGAAAAGCGCAACUAUGAUCGGAUAAUGAAGACCACUUUUACUUAACACAAGUUAGCUAAACAGUUAACGUUUUUUGGUUGGUUCAUGCAGGGCAAAACAGCAACUAUUUUCUGAUUUAUUAACGACCGG